AUGUCGUCCCCGCCCAGUCUUGGUGAUGGCUGGGCAAAGCAUCGCCAGACAAUCAAAGACCUCUACUGGAACGAGAACAAAACGCUCACGGAGGUCAUGGCGAUAAUGUCAGAGAAGCAUGGGUUUGUUGCACUAAAGAAGCAAUAUAAGAAGCACUUCAUAGAAUGGGGCUUGGAGAAAAACGCCAAGACAUACGAGAUGCAAGCCAUGGUCGAGAUUCAAUCAAGCCGCCGCGACAUGCUGAACAAAGAGACCCAAUUCUUCGUGCGUGGGAGAGAGGUGAAACUGUCCAACCUUACUCGCUUCAAAAGAAAAAACGUCCUGAAUGGGGUUGGCUGGGCCGGCUCACUGUCCCCCGACUCGCGGGCAGCCCCUCGAGGUAUCACCUACGGGACCCCUGAGCCCGAAGAGUCACAGCACACUUCGACGCCGCCAGCCCAGGUUUUUGCUGUCGGCAGAGACGAUGCAAGAGUCCAUGCUUACUUGGCAACCAACGCUCAAACAAUUACUCGCCCGACAAACUUCCCGGCAGGCUUUUAUUUCUCCCAACAAUUCCAGCCGAUCGACGCGUCGUCAGCUAGUCCUUCAAACCUAUCCUUCCAAGACCUUCCCACCAUUCACUCAGCGCCCUUCGACUACUCCCUCCAUCGUCGCCUCGUUGUCGGUCCCGGAACGUCCCUUUACGACAUCAACCAAGUCCAUACCGCCCCAUCAAGCGCUGCGAUGUACAACACAGCACUCCAGAGUGCACUCCCAGCUGAUGGCCUGUCCCGCUUUGAGGGGCAAUCCGGCGCCAAUAUGGUGGGCACAGGAGAUGAUUGGGGCUAUGGCUCCGGCAGCAUUCGAGCUACAGCCUCCGAAGACAAUAACGAGUACCUGGGUGAUUCUUUGGCGUCCCAAAGCUCCAGUCCUUGGAUUGAAAACUGCGACUUGCGCCAUCCCCAGGCCAGAUUUAAUAUCGAUCCCCGCCUCAGAUCAUCCCUGGAACUCCUCACGCCACUGCACGUUGCAGUCAUUGGCGGUGACAUUACCGAGUCACAGGCCAUCCUGGACGGCGGCGCAGAUGUUGAUGCCACGGGGAUCGGAGGAGUCGCGCCACUCCACUAUGCCGCCUUUCAACGCAACGUGGCACUUGUCAACCUUCUCAAGAGCUACGGGGCCAAGCUGGACGCUACGACAAAUCUUGACCGCAGCGUCCUCUUCUAUGCUGUCUGUAAGGAACCCCAUCUCGCGGAUAGCGACAAGGCUAUCUACGGCAGGCACUAUCUGAUGGAAAAGGUAUCACGCAACAAUAUGUCGGCGGCCCACACAGAUGACAACACCAUGGACGUGGUUGAGGCGCUGUUCGGCUUACCGUCCGGGUGGUUUCGCCUUUUGAAUAGCCUCUCGCAGCCCGACAAUGCAGGCGUCACGCCACUCAUGGUGGCGGCCCAAGCCGGCUUCACCAGCACCGUGACGAUGUUCCUCCAGCGAGGCGCAUGCCCGAGCACCAAGGACCACGGCGGCUAUACGGCGCUCAAGUACGCGGCAAGCAGCCGCCACGACCACCUAGUGCGGCUGCUGCUGCAGGCCGACGGGCGCGUGCAGGUACACGGCCUCGACCACCUGCUCAAGCUGGCCGUCUGGAACCUGACGGCAGACGACGACUCGGUCAGGAUCGCCGCCGAGAUGGCGCGGCUGUGCCGGGAUAUGGGCAUGUUGGACGGCCUGAUUACGCUGGCCAGCAAGAAAGGCGAGGCCAGAGUGGUCCAUUUCUUGACAGAAGCAAAGAACAAUACCAAAGGCCCGGCAGGCAGUGGCAGUCAGUGA